AAUGUAAAUCUUAGUAUUAAUAAUAAUAAUUUCUCUUAUCACUAUCUUGCCUCGAUAUUUUAAAUCCCUUCAGAUUUGAAUCAAGAACUCUCCUCAUUCCUUCCUUUUUUAUCUUAUAUUUGUAGCCAACUUGUUUCUCCCCCUUCAAAACCAAAAAAAAACCCCCUUCUUUUUGCUUUUUUGCACUGUUUUAUUUUCUCUCUGGUUAAAAAGUUGAAAGCUCGUCAACUCUUUCAUGGUGCUGAAAACCAUAGCUUCUUGUUGUUGUUGACAGUUGAGAUUUUUGUUCCUUUUUCUAGUUUUACAUCUUGUUUUUCAAUGAUGGGUCGAAAGCAUUUACAUGAGUUGCUUCAAGAGGAUCAAGAACCGUUUGUUUUGAAGAAAUACAUUGCUGACAGACGUUGUGAACUGAAGAAACCGUCCCCGAAAACUCACUUACAGAUCAAAAAACGAAAACCCAUCACUCAAACCUCGAGUUUCCCUUCGAAUUUCUGCAAAAAUGCUUGCUUUUUCUCGACGAAAACAACAACGGACUUUACCAAGUCUCCAUUGUUUGAAUUCCCAUCACCUGUUAAAAGAAGUCCAUGUAAAAGCCCCAAUGCUAUUUUUCUUCACAUCCCAGCAAGAACAGCUGCUAUUCUUCUUGAAGCUGCUUUAAGGAUUCAAAAGCAAUCGAAAACUAAAAACAAUGGUGGUUCUUCCGGGUUAUUGGGUUCGAUUUUGAAGAGGAUAACUCAUCGUAACAAAAGUCGGAAUAGUGAAAUAAGUAACGUUGAAGGAGCUGAAGUGUCGGUGAAAGAUAUUCUAAGGUGGGAUUCGAGUGUUGGUAAAAAUAAUCAAAGUGGUCGGCCGAGUAGCAGUGCCGUUUGGUCGGAAACUAAUGAAGAAAAAUCGAUGGAUUUGGAUUUGGAUACUUCUUGUAGCUGCAGCCAAUCCGAGGAUUUCGAAGAGAUUUUCGUUACUAAAGAUGGUUUACGAAGUAACGCGGCUUUUGGUUCUUGUGAUGAACAUUUUUGUGAAAGCCCUUUCCAUUUCGUGCUUCAAAAAAGCCCUUCUUUUACUCAUCGGACACCACUCUUCUCUUCACCGACGACUUCCCCAAGUAGACGCCAAAAAGAGGACAAGGAAAAUUACCAAGUUGAGAACUUUAAAAAAUUACAAGUAGAAGAAGAAGAGGAAGAACAAUGCAGCCCUGUUUCGGUUUUGGACCCUCCGUUCGAGGAUGACGAUGAUCGACACGUCAAUGACGAUAACGACGAUGACAACGAUGAUGAGAAGGAUGGUUUUGAUCUCGAAUGCAGCUAUGCAAAUGUACAAAGAGCAAAGCAGCAACUACUGCACAAACUUCGGAGAUUCGAGAAACUUGCCGAAUUAGAUCCAAUUGAACUCGAGAAACGAAUGUUAGAAGAUGAUGAUGAUGAUGAUGAUAAUGAAGAAGAGGAAGUGGAGAACGAAUCGGUUUAUUCAGAUAGUGAAAUUAACAUAGAUGUCAUUAUUCAACAAGUGCUUAAAUCAAGCUUCCAAAAUCCGGAACGUGUCCCUGACUGUAUGAAAAGGUUAGUGUCUGAUCUCAUCACGGAGGAAGAGGAAGAGGCCGAGGCCGACAGCGAUCUAGAAACGGUAGCUAAAAGGGUUUGUAAAAGGAUAGAAUCAUGGAAAGAUGUAGAAUCAAACACAAUUGACAUGAUGGUGGAUCAAGAUUUCAAAAGAUUAGAGGUUGAUGGGUGGAAAAGAAAUGAAGAACAAAUUAAAGAAAUUGGAUCACAACUUGAAUAUGCAAUCUUUGGGUUGUUGAUGGAAGAAUUAUCAGAAGAACUUGUUUGUUUAAAUGGGAUUUGAUGAUGGGGAGAACAAUUUUUUUGGAAGCUAAAAAAUAUGAAUUUUGGAUUCACUUUCUUUCAAAUUUUUUAAUUAAAAUUUAUAUUUUAAUUAGAGCUUAACUUGCUUUGAAUUGAUAGGCUAAUUAGGGAAAAAAAUAUUAUGUAUAUGCAAAUAAUGUAUUUAGUGGGUACUAUGGUGUAUGGAUCAUGGACUUAAUGAGAUAUUUGUACAAUUUCUAGUUAAUUUAUAUUAUGAGCCACUUUAUUGAACAUAAA